UCGAGUGUGCCGUUUACUGCAGAUACAGUUUCUGCAAAUUUUAACACCGUUUAUGUCAGCAACGUGAGCAUGGAACAGCAACGAGUAUUUGUCUAUAGUUACAACGAAACAAACAAUACAACAGCGAUACGUGUUUCUACGUUUAGCACAGAGGCUCAAGACAACUUCCCUAUUACUUUUGUCGUUCGACAGCAAGAAGGUAUUCUUUCUUGGACGGUUCCUGUGUCUGCUGGUUUUGAUUAUAAGCUCCAAUCUAUGGACCGCACUCUUUGUCCCAUGGAUAAGACCAAAAAGCUGAACAUGACAUCCCAACAAAGCAUCUUUGUGACAGUGGCCACCAUGUCUAACACAGUUGUCAACUUCAAUCUCAUGGCCAACAUCUUGCCUGACUUUGAACUUGAGUAA